GAAUCUCAAACAAUAUUUACUAAUAUGGUACCAAAGAUACCCACUAAUGACUUUGUCAUUUUCCUAAGCUAAUAAUCCUUUUCACAAGAUAGGCAUCUUUCACAUCAUUAUAUUGUGCGUCUCAAAAUUAAAGUUUUUCCCACAAGGAAAAGUAAAUGGCUAUUCCUAAUUUUUCUUUCUUGCCACUUCUUGCACUGCCACUUCUCUACUGGGCUUUCAACUUGCCAAAGAACACAAAGCUUGUGUUUUAUGUCCAUGAUUAUUUAAGUGGACAUGACACAUCUGCAAUCACUGUGGCAGGUAAAGAUGGUCCACAAACAAGUGUUCUUCAUUUUGGGACUGUGGUUGCAGUGGAUGAUCCAGUAACUGAAGGUCCAGAUCCAAAGUCCAAAUUAAUUGGUAGAGCCCAAGGCAUGUACAUAAAUUCACAAUUAGAUGGCAAAGGACUACACUUAAUGUUCUCUGUUAUUUUUACUGGUGGGGAAUUUAAAGGGAGUACUUUGGAGAUUCAAGGUGCUGAUCUUUUUGCAAUGAAAGAAAGGGAAUUCUCAAUUGUUUCAGGGACUGGCUAUUUUAGAUUUGUGAGGGGUUAUGGUAUAAUGACAACUGAGUUUAUUGAUAUUCCUAAUUUGAAAGCCAUUCUUAAGCUUGAUGUUACUGUCAAGCACUACUGAUUUUUGGCUUUUUCUUCUUUAUAUUGAAGUCUUGGAUGUAUUAUACCACUCUAAUUCCUAGAAUUAAAUUUAAUGGUAGUACUUUUCUACUUAUCGAAGGACUAGCUAGUUGUUGCAAACUGUGACAUGAUUAAUUCUAUUUAAUUGGAUAAAGUGAGUUCA